AUGCAGGUCACCAUCACCGUCCUCCCAGUCUCCCUCUCCCUCGUCCACAUCCCCCGCUCCCGCCUCACAAACCUCUCCCACCCCGUCCUCCGCCAGAUCCUCCACCCCUCCCCCGCAUUCCUCAACAUCACCUGCAAUGAGAUCGAGCUCUCCAUCUUCGCAGAGCACCACAUGCUCGCAGACUUCGACCCAAUAGCACGCAAGGACAGGCAGCGCCAGAGGUCAAGGUCGGGCUCAGCAAACAGCAGGAAGUCCGUCUCUCGCAGCACAUCCGACUACGAGCCCGUCGAGAUCUCCUACGAGAAAUGGAGCGUCUUCCAGAUCGACUCGCACAGCGAUCAGACAGGGAACUCGGGAACCCGCGUCCAUGACCUCUCUGCCCCACUCGCCGCGGCAGGAAUCUCUAUCCUCUAUCAGUCCUCGUAUACCAGUGACUUCAUUUUCGUAAAAGAGUCCCGCCUCCAAGAAGCCAUGAAUCUUUUUGCCUCCGCUGGUUUCAAUCUAUAUACGUCUGAUGCCAACCCCCAAAACUCUCCGUCCCUCUCCCCCGUCAGCGACGACCGAGCAUCCCUCGACUUACCCCCAUCAUCGGGUGCCGUUCUUACCCGCGACCUCAGCGGCCUCAACCUCUCCAAAAAGCUCAGCGACUCCUCCGACCCACCGACCACAGGCCAACAGUCGCCUCGCGUUAAAUCACACUCACCAACGUCAGGCGAAGUCCGCGUGCUUAAACCAGAUCUAGCCUGCGUUGGCUUGUCAGAUGAAAUAGGCGUCGACCAUUGGGGUCUCAAAAUCGUCAAGCUUGUCGCUUUUCCUGACCUGAUCCCACCCUCCCCCCGCGUCACAUCCGACUCCUCCUACCUUGAUCCAUCGCCAGUUGUUGACCUCACUGCCUCUUCCCUCUUCCUAUCGCACAGAAGCGCAAGCGACGACACGAGCUCAUGUUCUUCCUCCAGUGACGAUGACGGCUACUUUUCUCACUCUCCCCAAAAUGUAUCAACAACUUCACUCACCACCAGCACUUCGCGCUCGUAUUCUGACCUCCAAAGCCUUGCGUCCAAACCUCCCUUGUACAACCCGCCCUCAAAACACUUUGUCUCAACCAUCAGCCCGCUUUCACCUAUCACACCGAAGCAAGAAGCACGCAUUCCUUCUCCAUCUUUCUCUAUUCACUCUCACACCCACUCAACGCGUGCCCAAUACAAUUCGCCCAGAUCGGAACAUCGGGUCCCUUUCUUCAGUUUCACGAGGACGCCCGAGGGGUCCUCGUUGACUGCUGAUGUCCAUGUUCUGGCCACUCUUUUCCCUCCCCACGAGCGCCACAUGGUCAUCUGCGGCGGCGAACUCGACGCGGCUGACUACCGCCUCGAGGAGGGACUGGAAUCUUCCGACGAGGAGGACGAAGCCGAGGACGUUAGCCCUCGAGGCAGCUCGCUCAAGUGUUUGCAAAUCGACCUUCGGCGCUUCGGACUUGAUAAACACGGCCUCGUCAACCGCUUUUCGCGGGUCUUGGAGGAGAAUGGGAUUAAUCAUAUGUAUAGCUCGACGUUCAAGACGGCUAACUUAUUGGUUGAUAAACGGGAUGCGACUCGCGCAAAGAGUUUACUUCGCGCAUGCUAA